AUGUCCACAUUGACUGUACCUGAUGUUCUUAUAGCACUAAGAGACUUCAUUUCCAUCUGGAUUUCUCAAAUAAUCUAUUUUAACCAUAUUUACCCAGAUGAUGCCUUCAGCAAGAAGCUGUAUCUUGACCUUGUGGUCUAUCAAUGCAGAGCACCUGAAUUAAAUGAGUAUAUCGAGAGAUUUGCGAUAGACAUGAUCACUGUCUUGGUUGAAAAGGACGGAGGGGGUAAGGUCUAUGACGUUUUGGUGUUACUAUAUGAUGAGACUAACCUUCAUGUACGGCAGCGAUAUAUUGCCAAUUUUAGCCAGUUCCCGGGGCUCAAAGGCCAAUACUCUUCGCUUGACUUUCUUCUGAACCCAAAUCUUCUCAAAGAUACGCAAUCUGCGAAGAUCAACAUCCCAAACUUCACGCGAGGGGUGGUGAACACCAACUUGCGCAGCCUCAUGUUUUUCCACAUUGAGGAGCUCAAGAGAACGGAGGCUCCUCAGCCAAACGACUUCUUCUUUAAGCUUUUGUUGAAUGUCGAUGGUGAGAAUGAUCUCAACAAAUUUUCGUUCCAGUGGGGGAUGUCAGCAUAG